AUGUCUAAGUAUAGACACAAGCAUAUUAGCUAUGAAGUAAAGCUCGUGCCUAGGCAAACCAAAGCCAUCAAACAAGCUGUCUGGGUAUUGAUGUCCAUCGCCUUGUGUCCUCAAUAUAGUACAAAUGUUUAUAGAUGGUUUCAACGUCUUCUCACCCGCUACAAAGGAGAACUUGGCACUGCAGGAGUUGUAGUUGCCAAGUGGUUAAUGGAAUGGGUACUCCAAGGAACUCAUCCUAUCAUUCUUGGAGUGAUACAACGUGGAAACUUAUUGCUUGUAGGAAAUGCAGAUACUGAAACACCAGCAACAGAGGCUAUGACGGGCGAUGGUGAUGGUGAUUUGAUGCUUGAGGUUACGGGGAGUGAUUCGGGUGGCGGCCUUCCCCAUCUUGACAACAUUAAAAUAGCCUAUUCACCUAACACUCAAAUACCUGCAGCAUAUAAAGGGGCUUAUGUUGCUAUAUUUGUUUUGGUAGCUGUCUGGGUAUUGAUGUCCAUCGCCUUGCGUCCUCAAUAUAGUACAAAUUUUUAUAGAUGGUUUCAACGUCUUCUCACCCGCUACAAAGGAGAACUUGGCACUGCAGGAGUUGUAGUUGCCAAGUGGUUAAUGGAAUAG